AACCUAACAAAUUCUUUCUGUCAUUUUUGUCGGAGUUUAUUUUUAUCUCUUACCGUAAAGGAAAAUCUUAUCUUUUGAAUAAUAUUAAAUUAUUGCCGCAUAAAAUACCACGUUUUGAGUCAAAAUGUCAGAACAGAAUAUAGGAUCAGCCCCUGCAUCAGCAGCACCAUCCAGCACUGGUGUUGCAGAAGAACAGCGCUCCGGAGGCACUGCUGGCUCUGGUGCCGUGAGCGGUUCACCAUCUUCGGCCGAGGAGAAAGUCUACGGAGGCUGCGAGGGCCCGGACGCCAUGUAUGUGAAGUUGGUCUCCUCCGACGGCCACGAGUUUAUUGUGAAGCGCGAGCAUGCGCUCACGUCCGGUACCAUCAAAGCUAUGCUCUCUGGUCCGGGACAGUUCGCUGAGAAUGAAGCCAACGAAGUUAACUUCAGGGAGAUACCUUCACACGUCCUACAAAAGGUAUGCAUGUAUUUCACAUACAAAGUACGGUACACAAACUCAUCAACCGAAAUCCCCGAGUUCCCAAUCGCUCCCGAGAUAGCUUUGGAACUGCUGAUGGCCGCCAACUUCCUGGACUGUUAGAUUUGAAAACGUUAACGAUAAACGAUUGGUUGUAACGAGUUUUAUAAACUGUUGUUUUUUAUUUCGUUCUAUAAUAUUAUGGCUCUUUUACAUAAACGGUAUUUUACUGUUGGUCGAGUCUAAAAACAAUAUGAUACUGAAAGGAGAGUCACCAUACUCAAUAUAGACAUAUAAUAGUGUUUUUUUUUUUUAAAUAAAUCAAUCAAAGUUGUUAUUACUCUCU